GGUAACAGCCUCUUGACGUUUCUCAGGAGGAGGUGGUUCCAGAGAAGGAAGCUGAAAUUCGCCUCGGUCCCGUUAUAACGGCGCGCGAUGCGGAAGCUGCGCGAGCGUCUCUAAUGGCAAACAGCGCGAGACAGCGCGUCGGGAAGACGCGCGUGAGCCGCCAUUGUCUUUAACCAAGCAAAAGGGGACAUUAUUAAACUAAACCGAACCGAGCAGGGAUCGAGUUUCUGUGCUCGGGAGGAUCUGAUUACUGUGAUGAUGAUGAUGAUGAUGAUGAUGGUUAUGGCUUCGAGACCCGGGCUUUGGCUCGUGUGUGUCUGUGUGAGCGGAGCGCUGUGUAUGAGCGCGCGACAUUCCACCAAUGGAGGCGUCUUGGGUAGGGCCUUGCGUGAUGAUACCAGGUUCCUUGGGAAAGAGAGCACGGUACCGGUCCGGUUGGUUUAUCGCGCUGAUGGCGAACGGACCGCGCAUGAUGUCCUGAGCACGCGGGUGCGCGCGAGCCCCACCACCGACCAGAAGAAUCAUUUGGCCCAAGCCAUUUUCCAGGUGAAAGCCUUCAAUCAGACUUUCAACCUCGACUUGGAACUGAAUCAUCACCUGCUGUCGUCAAAGUAUGUGGAGAGGCAUAUAUCGGAGGACGGGAAGUCAUACAUCACCAAAGGUGGGGAGCACUGUUACUACCAUGGAAAGGUACGAGAUAUUCCCGAGUCCUUUGUGGCGCUGUCCACUUGCCAUGGAAUGCAUGGGAUGUUUUUCGAUGGAAAUCACACGUAUCUGAUCGAACCGGUUGAAGAGGGCAAGGAGGAUGAACAUGUUCAAGUUCACAUGAUCUAUAAAUCUCCAGGCUUCCAGCCUCCAGGGGAUUACGUCCCACCCUUUAAUCUUGCAGAGUCGCCGUUCCAGAGUCCUCCACUCUUCACUGGAGCAGCACACAGGAGAAAAAAGAGACAAGUGUUGCAAAGUUCCCACAGUGUCGAGGAUGAGACUAAAUAUAUCGAACUGAUGGUUAUCAAUGACCACCUGAUGUACAAGAAGCAUCGGCUUUCAGUUGGCCAGACGAACAACUACGCCAAGGCUGUAGUAAACAUGGCAGAUUUUAUUUUCAAGGAGCAACUGAACACCCGUAUUGUUCUUGUUGCCAUGGAAACCUGGGCAGCGGACAACAGGUUCAACAUAAACGAUGACCCGAUGAUCACACUGCGGGAGUUCAUGAAGUACAGACGUGACUUCAUUAAGGAAAAGAGCGACUCUGUCCAUCUGUUCUCGGGCAACCGUUUCCACAGCAGCUGGGGUGGAGCCUCGUAUAUGGGAGGGGUGUGUUCACUGACUAAAGGGGGAGGGGUUAAUGAGUAUGGAAAAACAGAAGAAAUGGCCAUCACGCUGGCACAGUCACUGGGACAGAACAUUGGCAUUUUCUCUGACAAGAAGAGAAUACUAAAUGGAGAGUGCAAGUGCGAUGAUAAAUGGUCUGGCUGUAUAAUGGAUGAUGUUGGCUUUUAUCUACCCAAGAGAUUCUCCGACUGUAACAUCGAGGAGUACCACAACUUCCUGUACAGUGGCGGUGGAUCGUGUCUCUUCAACAAACCCUUCAAGCUUCUGGACCCUCCAGAGUGUGGGAACGGUUUUGUCGAGCUGGGAGAAGAGUGCGACUGUGGGACUCCAGCGGAGUGUGCUCGAGAAGGAGAGAACUGCUGUAAGAAGUGCACUCUGACUCAGGGCUCGAAAUGCAGUAAUGGACUCUGUUGCAAUAACUGUCAGAUGGAGUUUAUGGGUGUGAUCUGCAGAGAGGCUGUUAAUGAUUGCGAUAUACCAGAAAACUGCACUGGGAACUCCAGCCAGUGUCCUCCAAAUGUACACAAAAUGGACGGCUACACUUGUGAAAAGGAUCAGGGACGGUGCUUUAAUGGGCGAUGCAAAACUAAAGACAGGCAGUGCAAGUACAUCUGGGGAGAGAAGGCGACAUCUGCUGAUAAGUUCUGUUACGAGAAGCUAAACAUCGAGGGAACUGAGAAGGGGAACUGUGGCAGGGAGAAGGACACCUGGGUCCAGUGUAAAAAGCAGGAUGUGCAGUGUGGAUACCUGCUGUGCUCAAACAUCUCACCUGCACCCAGACUGGGAGAGCUGCAGGGAGGCCUGACCUCAUUUUCCGUGGCCCAACAUAGUGCUUCACUAGACUGCAGUGGAGGACAUGUGAUGAUUGACGGAGACACUGAUCUGGGGUACGUGGAGGACGGCACGGCGUGUGGCACCGACCGGAUCUGCUUCAACCACAAAUGCCUUCCGGUUCAGGAUUUCAACUUCAGCACCUGCCCCGGGACCACCGACAAAGUCAUCUGCUCCGGACACGGGGUGUGCAGCAAUGAACUGAAGUGUGUGUGUCACCUGGGCUGGGCAGGUGAAGACUGUAACUCCUCAUCACCACUCAGCUACCUGGUGGUGGGACCUACAGCUACGUCAUCAGGCAUCAUCAGUACCAACAUCAUCAUCGGCGCCAUUGCAGGAUCUAUUCUCGUUCUGGCUCUUAUACUAGCCAUAUCUGCCUGGGGCUACAAUUACUACAGACAGCGGCAACUUGAGGAAUCUGAAGUGCAUCGAAGAUUCUGUCGACAAAUGCCACCAGGCGAUUACGUGAAGAAGCCGGGCGACGCCGACUCGUUCUACAGUGAUGUGCCACAGGGCGUGAGUUCCAACUCGGGCAGCAGCUCCAAGAAGAGGUCUGCUUACCUGUCUCACCUGCAGAUCUACACCUCCAUCCCUUCCAUCAGCCAAAACAUCUCACUGUUUGGCUUUAGGUCCAAUGGCUUGUCCCAUUCCUGGAGUGAGAGAAUCCCAGACGCCAAGCACAUUUCUGAUAUCUGUGAAAACGGACGGCCCAGGAGCAACUCGUGGCAAGGGAAUAUUAGUGGCAACCGGAAGAAGCUAAAAGGAAAGAAGUUCCGUCCUCGUUCCAACUCCACAGAGACGCUGUCUCCUGCCAAGUCCCCAACCUCGUCCACGGGCUCAAUCGCCUCGAGCCGAAGGUACCCGUAUCCAAUGCCACCACUACCGGACGAGGAGAGGAAGGCCAACAGACAGAGCGCCAGGCUGUGGGAGACAUCAAUAUAAAGAGGCUCCUUGCGAUCACUCUGCAAAAUCUCCGUAAGGACUACACAUUCCUCCGCUUUUAUACAAAUGAGAAAAAAAAAAAAAACCGAAACUAAUGAAUUCAAACAGAAGAAUUGAAGUCCUCCAGGAUUAGCGGGUCCACCGGAGCGCGCUGGGACGAAGAGCACGGCUGUCAUCGUUGCAGUCGACCAUAAUGAAACAGAGGGACUGGCUUGGGUCAAAGGUCAAAGCCAGGCACUGCUGCAGUCAGUUACCCAUCCAAACGAGGCAGGGGAGAUCAGACUGCUAAUCCCGCCCCCUUUAUCCUGCCCUGCCUCUUUUUUAAGGCCAAAAAAAAAAAGGCCUCUCCCUUCCCUCCCCUCCCUCCCACCUCUUCCUCGUCCAGCACCAAUAAUGUCUUGUGAUUGGUGUCCUUGUUGCCAUGUUGAGAGAAAGUCAUCCAAAACCUGCUGGAUGUUAACAUGUUUUUUCGAAAGCACGUAGAAACUUUCCACUGUAUGCAUGAGAAUACAUGUUUAUCAACUCCUUGUAGUGCUACAAGUAAAGACGACGACAAAAACUAAUAUUUUAACAAGCAGGCUAGGGGACAGCAUGUCUCAGAGGGCAUUUCUGUAGGCUGGUAAGUUUUCAUUUUUUAGGCUUCUCUAUUCACACAGUGCAUCAACGCUAACGCUAGCGAACACGCCCAGCCUUGCCAUCAACGCUCUCUUAUUUCCUCACGUGUAAAUAUGUAUAGCUCGACGACAGUGAAAUGUGUGAUUGUUUUUUUAGGCUUUGCCUUUUCUUACUGCUUUUUUUGGUCACCCAGUAGGGUUUAGAAGAAACAGUCGGCACUUCUUGUUUGUAUGUUCACGUUGAAUCGUCUGUAGAUCAGCCUUUCUUGUUAUUCACGCUUUUGAUUCGUCUGUGUAUUUCCUGAAUCCUUGAAUGAGCUUCUUUAUCCAUUUGCUUUGAAACAUAUCUGAUGCUAUCUGUAAGAAUAAGGAAGGCUCAUAGUGCUGGAGAGGGUACCAUUGACCUUUGGGGCGAAAUUCUUGCUGACGGAAACAGCUGUAUAGCCGUUCAUUUCUUUUACGGCGGUACAGGAGGUUACAAUCGGCCGUUGUCUGAAGUACAGUCGUGAUCAUUUCCAACAUUUCAUAAGCUGAAGUUUUCAGUGUUGAAUGUAGCGUCAAGGGAUGCGAUACGAAAACUCAAACCCAUUCGCUGGUUUUGUCUUUUUAGAAAUAUCUGGAACAAUUUAAAGCAAGAGUCUAUAAACGACAGAUCGUCUACCACCUUUUUGGAGAAUGAAUCACAGAUAUUUAACAGUUAUUCCAUGAAAUCGUACAUGAGCUGAUGUGUACGACGAGAUUGAGUGGAAUAACUGUUUUAUUCUAUCCACGUUCACUGGAUGUUGAGAAACGGAGCAUUUUUUAUUUUCGAUAAAUAAAAACUUUAUACAAAACGUCCGACAAAGUCAUUUCCGCUUAGAAUGUAAACAAACCGGCGAAAUGACAGGAGCAAUUUGUGAAAAAUGUGAUAAUUCUUGAAAGAUACAAAAAAAAAAAAAAAAGACACGUUCUUACCAUGAAACACUUUUUUCCAUAUUUUUUUGCGCUUUUUUUUUGCAUUUUUGGGGGGGGGUUUGUUUUUGAGUAGAGUUUUUAUUUCGUCCUCGGUUGGUUCAGCAACACGCGCCGCCAUUUUCUUCUUCUUCAGGGUUUUUUGGUGGUUGGCAAACCAACUUAAAGGUGCAUUACUGCCACCGACUGGGCUGGAGUGUGGAACAGGUGCUAUUAGGGGAAGGAAAAAAAAAAAAACUAUUAGCCAUUUCUGUUUCUAUUAAAGACUUGAUAAAGUGAUGUAUCUGACUUGAUGGGCUCCGCCAUUUUGUUUUUCCUCUACUCACGGUAGGUAUAUGAGCUGAUAGCCUAGUAGUAUAGCAGCCAAUCAGAGUGCAUGAUUGUUCAUAUCCAGUGAAUAUGGAUAGAAUAAUCAUAGUUUUACUGGUUAUUUUGGGAUGUUUAGGAAAGCGCAUGCAAUUUUAUUUCCAUUAGUUUGAAAAAAAAAGUCACCCAUCACUAGGGAAGCAGAUCUGUAACUAUGGCCUCAGCAUAGUUGAUGCGGAAAUGAUGUUUGGCUGGAUUCCAUGAUCAUGACAUAAAUAGAGAGGUCAUGUGGUGGCGCCACAUGGUAUCAGGCAGACUUGGUAAACUUUGCAAAUGAGGCAUGCCCAAGCUGAUUCAUUCCAAGAUGGAGGACGCUGAGAAGUGCCAGUCAUCUUCCUAUAGUCAUGGAAAUUGUCAUGGUCAUUUUAAUUGCUGGGUUUCAUAUGACGUCACAGCCGCCUCAUUACUUAUUUCAAAACUUUAGCUGGUGGUCUACCAAAGCUCAGUUGACAAAGUAUUUGUACGGAGAAGGUGCAUUGCUCGCAUGAAAAAUGCCUUAUGCUUGAUCAAAUCGAUCAAACCGUGAAACUGAUAAAAGUUUCUUCAGGGUUCCUCGUGAACUAAUAAAAAAAAGGUGAACGAACACAGGAUUUCACAAAAAGACGUUGAGAAAGGUGGCUUUUGAACCUGUCACUGAAAUCGAAGGGAGUCGAGUCGAAGCAUGCUCGAGUUUGCAGUGAUCACUUGGUGAAAGGUUUGUAUCUCCCUCUCGGCUAUGUCCUCAGUGUUUUCCAAGUACUUUUCUUGCUAUGCGUCGUUAUUUUACGGUACUUUUUUUAGUCACGAAGCGCUAAAGUCCCCAGCUGUUUCUUUGUUUACUCUUCACAAAGUCCGUAUGCGUGAAGGUCGCGACAAAAUUCUUACCCAGCCGUACAGUUACAAUGCGCCGUGAUCACUUCUCCGUCUUGUUUAACUAAGAUCCAGGUCUUUAAAGGGGUUUCUGAUGAUCUUUGUGAAUGAUUUAGCUGAGAGAUAAGAGCCAACACAAGUGAGAAUCAAGCCAACUGUUGUUUGUUUAUACUUCAACUUGCAGCGCUUCGUUGUAAAGACACGAACGAAAAGCUAAAAAAAAAUGCUUACACGGGCAAAUCAUUCGGCAGUGACUUGAUAGCGAGGUCCUUUACCCAGCCACAUACAAAAAAGUUGUAAGCCUCCAUACUCUUCCACGCUUUCAUGUGUUUUGCGGUGUAGAAGGACGUCUGCAACACCAGAUAGUUCGAGAUGUCGGGGAACUCGACUGAAGGGUAGUUUUCGAGAUCGUAUGACAAAUCCUUCUUUCCCAGACUGUAGGGGUCGAUUCCAUUGCACAUAGCAAUCUUCUGAAUAUAUCUAAAGCGAGCAGCGGCUUCUAGAUUACAAGCAUACUCUGAUAAGUUAUCGCUAGUUGUUUGCACUACGGCAGCCGUUUAGACCACCAGCUAUUUCACUUCCGGUAAAACCGCUAAGAAAAGUCAUGUGACUGAAACCCAGCAAUAGCGCCACCUGCAGUCCUGGAGCACCCAUAUGCGACAACCAAUAAGGAAUCAAGAAGCAAAGCAUAUGUGAAGAUCGUUUUGUCUUUGCGCAACCCAAACAGAUGUCACUUCCACAUUUAAGUGUGCUGAGGAAGUGUCCUAAGGAAGAAGACUCAAUGUGCUCAGUUUUGUACUCGUAGUAUCGUAUAUCACAAUCCCUUCCACACCUCAUCUGUACAUAACCUUCAUUUUCACUCAAUCCUGCUGUCUGUAUUCACAGGACAUUCAGUUUUUCCCCCUAUGCUGUAUCCACUCAUAACCCUUUCUUUUUCACUCCUGGAUCCUUGUAUGUAAACAUUUAUCCCAGACAGCAAUUAAGUGCAUUAUGAUCAUUACUAUUACAGUAGGUCUUUGCGUAUACAGAUACGGAUUAGCACAGAUUUUUAACGCUUCAUUUUGUGGCCAAGCCUUUUUAUGUCGUAACAUCAUAACGACGUGCUCGAGUUCUACAGUGUUUUUCUCUCUCUUAUACACACCCACAUGUCUGUUUUUUCUCAGCAUUAAAAAAAAAAAAAAAGUGCAUGGCUCAAUGUGGUGUUAAUGAAGGCUGAAUCCAAAGGCACCUGAAAAAGAAAAACAGCUCAAGCAAUACUUUCAGCACCUCACUGUCCUUGUUUAAUACAGCUGCCGUGACUGAUUAGCACCGUGUCAACCGCUGCAAAUAUGAAACAGAUAACGAAUAUGUACCGUACUGGAAGGAUUCUCAGAGCAAACACACUCUUGAAUGUAAUUUAAGCCGACGAUUACAGCACAACUGCCGUCAAUGACACAUCGCACUCCGGUGACCAUGUAGGUCCACUAACUUUAUAUACACCACGUCACAGUGAGGUGCGUAAUCGGCCAUGUUUCAGGGUCGUGUUCUUUGGAGAAUGAAAAACGCAUUAGUCGGGAGGUUCACACCUGCUUCAGGAGACGUCAUAAAUGCCUUAUGUUAUGUUUGUCCGUUUCAUGAACUCUGUUUCUUUUGUUUUUCGGACGCUAGUUCUCUAUGAAGCUGUUUUCUUUCAUAGUAUGCUGUAUGUAAACUUAAUACAAACAAUCAG